CCUCAAUUAAAGCCUCUAGAAUUGCAGUUUAUAUAAAUUCAUAUUUAUCCUACUUAAUUAAUAGUAGGAAAGAAUGCACGAUUGACUGCUUAUGUCAGUGAAUAUUAAUUAAUCGGCGAUUUUCAUUCGUUUUGGAAAACUUUAUUACUUGUUAACACGUACGAAAACACUAUCAAGUUAAAAAGUGUUAGAUGAACACUGGUACACAUCACACUUAAAGGUCAUAUAGUAAUAUAUUUUAUGAUAAUUUAUUCUACGUUGAAGUUAAAAAGUAUUACAAGUUUCUACGUUAGAGGUCGUAAUAAGCGGAGUGUUCGAAAUAUGGCGACAGGAUUACAAGAAGUGAUUGUUUAUGAUCGGCGGAUAGGUGAUGUUGCCGAGAAAUUUAUAGAUGUAAAUGAAGUCAAGACGUUUUCAGAGUUUAAACAGAAGUUGGAAAAGGAUUUAAAAAUUUUGCCUGAUGAAAAUUUUGUUAUUUGUACUACAAAUAGAGAAGAAAUAAAUGAUAGAACAUUUGGAUUUUUGGAAAAUAAAGAUACACUUUAUGUUCUUUCUGAAAUUGAUCAAGAUUUACCUGCACAAACUGAGCAAAAAGUUGAAUAUUUACCUCAUUAUGACACACUUGUUAAAAGUGGAAUGUAUGAAUAUUAUGCAUCAGAAGGUCAAAAUCCUUUACCCUGUAGUUAUGCAAAAAUAAUAGCCAAUAGGUAUAAAUUAGGGGCAACCAAGGUGGGCGCUAUAAUAGGAUCUCGCUCUAUUCUAAAACUUGUAUUAGAUGAUAGCUCUGCAGAGAAGAGUUUUAUAUUUGUUAUUGAUAAUGGUUGUGGAAUGAGUUCUUGGGAAUUAAAUAACUGGGCUGUAUAUAGACUCUCUAAAUUUAUCCGUACAGAUAAGACAUUUAGAUCAAUUCAGAAACCAGAAACAAAGAAUUUUGUCACAAAUCCACUCAUGCCACGGUCUUUAAAUAGUGAAAUAUCCUAUUUUGGUGUUGGUGGAAAGCAAGCAAUAUUUUUUAUAGGCCAAGCCACUAGAAUGAUUACAAAACCAAAAGAUUCCAAAGACGUACAUGAGCUAUGCAUAUCAAAAGAAGAAUUUGAGAAAAAAGAAAAAAAUAAGGAAUUUGUUUAUAGUGGAGUUAUUCGUAAUCGUAAACCAGGUGAUGCUUCACAUAUACCUAAUGAAGAAAUAAUGAAGAAAGUGAUUGCUGAAGAAAUUGGAAAAGAAAGCUUUACAUGUGCUGCUAUAUGGGGGAUAUGUCCUGAACAUGUUCAUUAUUUAAAACAUAAUUAUAAUAGAUGGUGUACUCAGUUAGCGCAUAUAUAUCAUUAUUAUGUUCAUGGACCAAAUGGAAAUGUUGUUCAGAAAGGAAGAAUACCAUCACCAUUUAAAAAUAUUGAUAUUGAGGUAAAAAUGUAUAUAAAGGGAAUGAAUCCCAAAAUUACCAAUCUUCGUGAUAUUGAAGAUGAUCUACAGUCACAGUUUAUUCGUACUGCAACAAGUACAUUUGAUUUUAAAGCAACUGUUGAUGGAACUCGAAUUGUAGAAGGUGUGCUUAGGUAUCAUCCAUUUCUUUAUGAUCAUGAAACUUUUCCACCUGAUGCUGCAGAUCCUAGAGUUUUACCAGAACCUGAAGAUGAUCAUGAUUAUUUUCAAUCUGAUACACGUCCAGCUAGAGGUAGAAGAUCAAUAUUUGAAUGUUACUGGAAUGGAAGACUUAUUCCAUAUACGACAAUAGAUGAAUUUGAUUGGUGUAGUGCUCCUAAAAAAGCAAAAAAUAUACCAAUAGAAUGUUAUAAUAGAGUAUCAGGUGUUUUAUGGACAAAUGACUCUUUUCAAGUCAGUACAAAUAAAUUGACAUUUUUAGAUUUAGAGAAUAAAUUAAGAGAUAAAAAUGCUGUUUUUACAAGAGUUAUUAGUGGACAGGAAAAACGUGCAAAUAUAGAUAAACAGUUUACUGAGUGGCUUCAACAAUGUCAUGAAAAAUGUGACAAACAAGUUAUUUUUCGUGAUUAUCAAGGGUUAAUUACAAGAACUGAACUUCAUAAACACAGACAAUAUCCUUGGGCUGUAUAUCAUACAAUUGAAUGGGAUGGAAAAAUUUUCAAGAAAGGCCAGCUUGUAAGAACACAACGUACAGUACCAGUUAUAGUUGCUACUGUCAAAAGAUUUCUGUUAUAUGGAGAUCACGAAGGGGAUGUCUAUGCCACUGGUGGUGACAUUGAAUUGCAACAAGAACCACGUACACUGUAUGAUGAAGUAAAGAUUUUUCCAUUAGCCAAGUUAGAUAGGAAAAUAACUGAUAAGGCUAUUCGAAAAUGCAUUGAAGAAGAAGAAGAAAAGUUGCCUGAUAAAUUAAUAGUUACUUGGCCUGAAGGAGAUGAACUGUUCCCUAAUGAAAAAAGACCAGCAGGAAAAACAAUAGGUGCAAUUAAAGUUGAAAUUUCAAAUCGUCGUGGAGAACCAAUUAGUAAAUUACCAGGAUCUAGUCAGAAGAAGCUUUUAGUAGAAUUAAAGAUAAUUUGGCAUUAUUUUUUUGUAGAAACUGUUAAGAAUUUAGGUCCACAUACGUUAAUUUUGCAAGCAAUGCUAAAUGAAGGUGAAACUGUUUUAUGUUCUGGCAAAGAGUUACCAUCUCAUAAGAUAAAAUUUGUAGUAACAGAAGCUGAACCUGAAAAAUUUACAGUUGGUGUAUUAGAUGGACCUUUCAGAGUUGGAUCACCAUUCCAAAUACCUCUUGAAUUUCAGGAUAAAUUUGGAAAUCCUACAAAACCUAGUAAUGAUUUAAAACCAAUCCUUAAAGCAGCAUUCUUGAAUUUCAUGCUUUCUGUAAAAAUUCCAGGAUUAGAAGAAGAUACACAAAAUUUAAAAAUUAGACUUUUACCUGGUCCACCUCAUAAACUUUUAGUUAUUCCUGAAAAGGAUAUUGAAAUUGAAAAUGGAAGUUCUCCUGAAUUUGAAAUAUCAACUAUAGAUAUGGCUGGAAAUAGUACCUGUGAACCAAAGUUAAUAGCUACUUGUAAGUUUUCAGGUUCUAAUAAUUCUUCUUUGCCUAUGUACACUGGUGAUCUAUCUACUAGUGGGAAAAGCAAAAUGUCAGGACCUCCUUUACAUUUAAAAAAUAUGUUUGGUGGUGAAACAUUGACUGCAAAAUUUGAAGUAAUAAAUCACAAGGAAAUAGCCACUGUUACAAGAAAGAUAAUAGUAAAACCAAGUCACAAAGCAGCAUCUCUUCAAGUAAGUUAUAUUGGAGAAAAUGGUGAGAGAGUACCAAUUCAAAAAGAUAAAGAUAUUGUAUGGCCAGCUGGUGAUAUUAUUAAUAAUUUGGAAUAUGAAGUUUUUGAUGAAGGUGGUCGACCAAUUGCUAUAACUCAGAAAAUUUCACAAAAACUAAAGGUUAAUUGGACUGCACAACCUUCCAGAGAAUUAUUUUCUGCUGGGAAAUUACCAGAUAUUGAAACUCCUCAGUCAGUUAAACAAAAUAUGUAUUGUUCUGUCAGUCUGUCUAAUGGGCAUGUCAUUGAUUUUGGUUUUAAUGUAAAGCCAAAACAUGGAGAUCCUUCUUAUAUAAAAGCAACUGUUAGUGGAAAAGAUAAAGUGCGAAUUGGAGAAGUUUUGCAAUCAGACAUUCUAGUCACUGUUGCAGAUAAACAUGGAAAUCCAUAUAAAAAACUGUCUUUUAAAAAUUUAGUCGAUCUGUUGAUAAUAGCUGAUGGAAUUGAUUAUACCCACUUGGAAAAGGCUGUAGGCCAGACAGGAGGAUUUGUUAUUAAAGGAAUCAGAUUUGAAGAUGGAAAAUUAGGAAGUCGAGAAUUAUGUAUCCAGUGGAAUGAUUUAAAAGAUUAUGUUCGAUUAGAAAUGAUCGCUGGUCCUCCAGCCAAACUAAUUUAUCCUAAUUUCAAUACUGAUCAGCUUUACACAUUGUAUCAUGAAAAUAAGUUACCUCAUUCUCUUGUUGUACAACUCUGUGAUAGUGCAGGAAAUCCAUGUGCUGAAUCAAAUAUCAAAGUUCAACUUGGAAUUGAUGAAGGUCUAAAAGUCUCUCCAAAUACGUCCACUCACUGUAUAAAAACAAAUAGUGAAGGAAAAGUAGAUUUUGGAAUAUUAACAAUAUCUGUUCGUUCUAAUCAACAACCAGGAACUUGUCCAAAUCGAAUUUGUACUCACAGCUGUCGAGGCAUAUUUUCUUUGUGUGCUAAGGCAUUUUUUGGUCGAACAGUAAUUAUGGGCCCAUUGAUAAAAUUACAUAUGCCAUGUGAUCCAACUAAACCAGUAUCACUAAAUGUUGAUUUCGAUCAAAAUUUCACCUACACUGUUGGAAAAGAGUUACCUGAUUACACAGUUCAAGUUGUAGCAGAAGAUGGUAGUAUUGUAAGACCGUCAAAGUCUGCACGGAUUUUUAUGAAAAUAUGGAAAUCUGAUGCACUACAAAAUAAAAAUAUGAAGCCAUUUAUAUUUGUUCCAGAUAUGAAUCCCAGAGAUUUAGCAGGAACAUUUCGUUUUCGUGGAAAGAAAGCACCUGAAAUGUCUGGAAAUUAUGUUAUUCAGUUCUUUUAUGAAGCUGAUAAUCAGCCUUCUCUUACAAGUUCACAAAUACCUAUAUUUAUUGCACCAGAUUAUCCAGUUAAAAUGACACCUUUAGAAGAUCCUAGUGUUCCAACAGUUUCAAAUACUCAAAAAGCUGCACAUCGAUGUCUUGUACGCCAUUUAAAAUUGGAACUCAAAGAUCAGUAUGAUAAUUUAGCAGGUCUUCUUUUAAGUGGAACUUUAAAUGUACAAAUUACUGCUCCUACUCCUGGUGAAAUUCCCCGUAUGGUUGGAAAUGUGACAUCUAUUGAAGUACCCAUUUCAAGAGGUCAAGCUUUUCUGGAACAUCUGACAAUUCUGGAAAACACACCUGGUGUUAAUGGAAAAGAAUAUAUUCUACGUUGCACACCUAAUCUACCAGAUUUACCUCUUGGGAUAACUGUUCCACCAUAUGAUAUUCAUUUUCUAUUUUAUAAUGAGGCUCAAAAACAAAUGGAAAUGGGAAAACUUGCAAAAGAAAGAGAUAAACUUCUAACAGCUAAAAAAACAUAUGAGACAUUAUUUGAAACUAGUCAGCAACUUUUGAGUGAAUUAGAAACUGCAGCAAAGGCCGCAUCAAAUGAAGAAAAUCGGCUUAGGAAUGAAUUAAAAAAAUCUGGUCUUUCAAUACAAAGUAUACAGACGAUUCUUCAGAUUAAUGCAACUAUUGAAAAAUGCCAUGUGGCCAAAACUAAAUUAGAAAAAGCAAAAAGAAGAGAAUGUUCUCUCACAGUAGCUGCUGAUGAGCCUGGUGUUCUUGGAAAAAUUGGUCACCUUGCUUAUGUGGAAGAUGAUGACAUUGCUCGUGUUAUAUCUUGGCAUAUGCAAUCAGAUAUGGAUUGUUUAAUUACACAUUCUAUGUCUAAAGCUCGAGAACUGCAUACUCGCACAAAUGGACAGCAACAAGUAUUACCUCUAGAUUCAAUAUAUAAAAAAAACCUUCCUGAAUGGGGAAACAAACCUAAUAAGCUGGCAUGUCAAGCUCAUUUUUUUGGAAUGUUACUUGGUGAUGCUAUUGUGCUGGAUACAUUAGAUGAUGCUACUUCUUACAGAGAACAUGUGGUAAAACAUGGUUACUGUCCAACAUUGUUGACGAGGACAGGGGAAAGAAUUCGAAGUAAUGGUAAAUUUGGUGGCCAGCAGAAUAGGGCUCCUCCAAUAGAACGAAUGAAAGGAGUUGUUUUUGGGCAGCCUCCAUCUAAAGAAGUUUCUAAAAUUAACUCACAAAUCAUUUUUAUUAUUUUGNGGCUUGUCAUUCUCUCAGUUAUGUGGCCUGCUGUGAAAAAUGUUUGGUUGUUACUCCUGGUGGUAAAACAUGGUUACUGUCCAACAUUGUUGACGAGGACAGGGGAAAGAAUUCGAAGUAAUGGUAAAUUUGGUGGCCAGCAGAAUAGGGCUCCUCCAAUAGAACGAAUGAAAGGAGUUGUUUUUGGGCAGCCUCCAUCUAAAGAAGUUUCUAAAAUUAACUCACAAAUCACAUUAUUAGAAGCAUUGAAACAUGCAAUAGAAAGGAAUCAACAAGCGCAAAAAGAACUUCAGGAACAAAAGUUGUUAGAAGAAACGCCAGAAAUGAAGGAAAAGGUGCAAGAGUUUCUUGAAACUGAGAAAAGAUUGCAAGAGAUUGAAGAAAAAUUAGGAAUGUCGACGUCCAAAAAUUCUUCACCAGUUCGAGUUUCUACAAGAGGGGUUUCUCUGAAUAUGCCGCCGGAAUUACGCAGCACUCCAAGACGUGGCCAUACGAGCUCUGUUACGACAACGUCCAUUCCCAGUAAACAGUUUUCUAACAGUGAUUCUAGUAGAAGAAAACAAGGCAUCGAUUAUGACAAUUCAGAUGAAUCUCCCGCAGUCGAAUCAUCAUAUAACAUUAAUGGCGUUUCGACUCGUAGUGUUAAUUAUAGUCCUCGUAGUGGAUCUUCAGUAGGGGGAAGGAGAAGAUCAGAAACACCCGUUAGAGGAAGUCCAAAUAAAAGAAGACGCAAGACAUGAUUCUUCUGAUAUUGUGGUCGUCCGAUACUGCCAGUUACCCUUUAAACUGUUUUAGAUAGCAGUUGAAAGCGGGUCCCAUAUUCUCGAAACUACCUGUAAAUAUACAAACAUGUUUGCAUUCAAGGUGGAAGAAUAUUAUACGGGGACUCUCAUUAAUUUAAAUUUAAGAGAAACAGAUAUUUUGCAAUGAAUCAAUCAGCACAAUGACAGUUCAUCUUUCAUAUAGAUUAGACUUUAUUAUAGUAUAAUCUAUAAUUUUUUUUUAAAUCGCCGAUUGACAUCAUUAUAGCUGUCUUUGUGAGUUAAGGAAUCUAUUACAAUUUCACACCGAGAGUGUAAUAGUACGAAAGUGUAACGAAAUCAAUAUCAGUUUAUUUUAUUUUAAUCAUCUCAAGAAAUAAUUCUUUCUCGUGUCUCCGGCGUUGUAUAAAGAAUGUAUUUUAAGUAUAUUGGACAGAUUAAAAUCUCAUAACAUUCACAUCGUAGCACAGUAUUAGUAUCAACUUUUGUUCGCUCAUCGAUAAUAAUACGAUUUGUUCUAUGUUAAAAUAAUCUCAUUUUCAUGUACCGAUGUAUUAUUUCAAUACACAGAAAUUUAAACGAGAAAA